CAAGAACGAGGGUGUCGCGUGCUAAAAUUCGACGGGACGCGUUACAACAAACUUUACGCCGGUGAAGGCGGUGGUGCGGGCACGAAAUCCCGGCGACGGUGUCAAAGUCGCGCGGGCGUUUGUGAUUCACGAUUCGGUUGUACGAUAUCGUCGAUCGUAUUUCCUGUAUUCACGCUUGUAGGAUCGGUACGCACGCCGCGCCGGUUGACGAUGUGAGCGCGCAUACACACGCGAACGCAAAAGCAGCGCAGUGAGGUCGGGCGGGGGCGGAGGGAGAAAAGGGCGCUCCAGCUCGGCGAACGGAACGGCCGACGAGAUAUCUUUCUCUCUCUCUCUCUCUCUCUCUGUCCCUCCUCGGCUCCGACGAAGCCGACGAUGUCAAACAUGCGGCGUCAAGUUUUGCGCGCCAGCAAUUCGACGACGACGACGUCGGCAACGACGACGACGACGACGACGACGACAAGGAAGUCGAAGGAAACGACGACGAAGAAUCGACGACGGCGCACCACGGCCGUGCUCCUCUGUCAGUGAAAACUAACACACGUAAAACACACACACAUACACAUACAUAUACAUAUACACGCACGUACAUAUACACGCACGCGUACGCGUAAUACACACGCACGCACGCACGCACGCACCGGUACGCGGUUGCCGAUGAGCGUGGAUAUAUGGCGGCGCGAGUACUGUUGCUGAGCGUCUUGAUCACGGAAGUGCUGAAACCAGCUUGCGCCGCAGGUGUUAAAGGUAUUGGAGGAAAUAUCAGUGGUAGGAACGUGUCCAAAUCGGACAGUUCUGACACUGGCUUGACUAAAGGAUCUGGAUUAACGCUGGAAAUUCAACCUAGUGGCCAUGUGAUACUAGGAAAAAAGGGGAUCACGCUCAGUUGCAUAGCUGGCUCAAAUGAGACUGUGACUUGGUUGCACAAUGGAAUACCAGCACCUCCAUGUGGUCUUACUCGCUGUGUUCUUCUUUCCAAUGGCUCUCUCCACUUUUACAAGAAACAAAAUUUACAAAUGCAAAAGUUCAAAGAAAAGGAAAGGAAUAAUAUUGUUAAUGCUAGAAACCAUAAUAAAGAUGAAUAUCGCUGUGUAGCACGUACUAAUUUAGGAGAGUUGAUACAAUCAGCUCCCACCAUUAUUCAAAUAGCAGAACUUGCCCAUGUAUUUAAAGAAACUCCAGAAAAUAUUACUGUUCAAGAAGGUGAAGUCACAAGAUUGUCUUGCUUGAUUGACAGUGUUCCUUUCCCACCCAAUAUUACGUGGCAGCAUAAUGAAACAUUGUUAUCUUAUAAUGAAUCAAAGUAUUCUGUGGUACCACCAGGUGUUCUGUAUAUAAGUGCAACGAAACUGUCAGAUGCUGGCUCAUAUAGAUGCAUAGUCACUAAUGAAUUUCUAAAGAAGACCAAAAGGAGCAAAGAAGCAAAAUUAACGAUUAUUGUGAGAGCGGAGAACAAAACAAUUCAUACGUCAUCGUCCUUGUUCCCACAAGUUUCGUACAAUCAUUGGCUGCUUAAUGGAUCGAAUCUUAAGCUGGCAUGUGCUGCAUCUGGUUUUCCGUCACCAUUCAUAACAUGGUCAUUUAUUCCUCGUUACAUAGAUAAUGUUACAAAACCUCGCAUCCUUCUUAAUUCCACCACUGGUAUUAGUAUAUUGUCAUUAACAAAUGUGAAUAUUUCCAAUGCUGGUGUCUACCUGUGUUCUUCAAAGAAUUCUAUUACCAAUGACUUACAAGUACAGAAUAUAACAGUAGAUAUAUUAAUACCACCGUCAUUUGUAAAAACGCCGACGAACCAAAUCUGUCCAAAUGGAAGAACAGCGAGAUUCGAGUGUCAGGCGCAAGGAUUACCCGUACCUCAAAUUUAUUGGCUGAAAGAUUCAUUAAAUAUUACUAUUAAUGGUCGCAGAACAACUUAUGUUAAGGAAUACAAUAAAAUAGAAUUAGCAAUAUCAGCAACAGUGCCGUCUGACUCUGGCAUAUACCAAUGUGUGGCGGUAAAUGCAGCAGGUGAAAUUUGGGCUGCUGGCCGGCUCCAAGUAAAUACAUCGCGUAAUAGUCCUGCCACACCCACUUCUCUAAAGUGUCACGCUAUUUCACCAGUUAAAAUCCUAAUUUCGUGGGAACCACCAAAGUCUGUACCAUAUACCAGUAUUACAGCUUAUACCGUCCAUUAUAGUCCUGUAGAAGGUGGUAAGGAGGAAGUUUCGCCGCCAGAACCAGGGAAUUCUACGUCUGUAGAAGUAACAAAACUUCUUGAACCGUUUACAAAUUACUCAUUCUACGUACGCGUGUGGAAUAACUAUGGUGCUAGCGAUCAGUCGGCUACCAUUGUGUGUUCCACUGCUCCAAGUGUUCCUAAAGGCACACCAAAAAUGUAUGUGGAUAUAAUCAGUAGUACAAAACUAAAUGUAUCAUGGGAACCUUUGAGUAAAAAGGAUUCUCGCGGCGUCAUAGUGGAUUAUAAGCUAUUGUGGAAACUUCACCAGAGUUCAUCCAGAUUGGUACAAUAUCUACCUGCAUCCGUUGAAUACUAUAUAAUUUCCGAUUUGGAACCUGGAGCACAAUAUGAUCUUCAAGUAUUAGCAAGAACAAAACAGGGCGAGCCAAAUAUUAGUGAAUCACAAUUGGAUUGGGUUACUGUAACCAUGCCAUCUGAAUCUAAUCAGUUUACUAUAAAGAAUGUAGAUAUUCAAGUAUUAAUUGUAAACUCUUCAAUUAUCAAGAUGAAAUGGAAGAUCAACUUCAAGCAAAUUGAGUCAAAGUUCGAUUCCUGGCAAAUUUAUUGCGAAAAUCAAAAUGGUGAAAAUUUGAAGAAUAUUAGUUUACCGCAGAAUAUUACUGAAUACUUGUUUACUGAUCUUGAUAUGAACGAUUCUUAUAUUAUGCAUCUAUGUAUGGUGAAGAACAGCUCAGAUAAAGCAACAAGUUGCUUAUCAAAAUAUGUAGAGACCGUAGAAUCCGAUCCUAAUACUGUGCCAAUGACAUUGGAGGCUGUUCCCGUCUCGCCCACGUCCAUUAAUGUGUCAUGGACAUUGUCCAAUGCGCACGAUAUAAAUUCAUUUGAAUUUUGUUAUUAUGCGGUGCAUGUGCAAAAUUCUAACAAUUCUAAAUGUUCUGUCGUAAACGACACAAAAACAAGCGUUGAUGAGCUAAAGCCUUUUACUUUAUAUGAAUUUAAAGUAAAAGUCAUUAGGCAUGAUACAAAUCGAACUAGCUUCUAUAGCAAGUCUAUAGAAUGCUAUACAAACGAAGAUGUUCCUGGUAAAGUCGAAGGGUUACAAUGGUUCUUAGAGAACAAUACGAAAGUACGAAUUGUAUGGGAGGAACCGACCAACAUAAACGGCAUUAUACAAAAUUAUAUUGUCGCAUAUACUAUAAAUUUGACGACAACGUGGAAUAAUGUGACUGUGUCCGGUAAUAAAAGGACGACGAAUCUACCAGGCUUAGCACCAGGGAAACGAUAUUUCGUUAUGGUGCAAGCUGCGACGAAUGCUGGCUAUGGGAAACCGUCAAACCCUAUUAUUGUUUUUACCGGCGGUACUAGUCGUAACGGUAGUAAUGGCGGUAGUAAUAAUGGUGGUGGCGGUGGUGGUGGUGGUGGAACGUCAAAAGUACCUGCCCCGUCGGGCAAUGAGAAAAACUCUAAGCCCGAUCAGAGUUUAGGUGUGAUCCUCGGGGUGAGCAUAAGCAUCGGAUUUAUCAUGAUAUGCCUAUGCAGUAUAUACUGCCGGAGGAAGUUUGAGAACUCACGGUUGAGAAACGACGCUCAACCUACGAACGGGUGUGUGCUAUCGCGAAACAGAAAUGAAUGUUGCGCGGAGCAAUCCUCCACGUCUGUGAGUCAACAUAUGAAUGCCAUCGGUACUCCGAAUGAGAUUGAAUUAGCAGUGCUAUGUCCAUCAUCACCGAUCGAAACAAAUCCGCACUCAGACGCAAAGGGCGCACAGUCUAAUGGGGUUUUCGAAAUUUGCGCGAAAGAACCCUUAUUGUCGCCGUGGGAGGUUAAUGGAGGCUCGAAGGAUGUUCAUAUUAUGGAGAAUCCUCAGUACAAAAGAAGAGGCAGCUCCGCCUCGAAUGAUCAACGGGAGGAGGAAGAGGAGCAAGAUUUAGAAGGCACGCAGCUCACAAUGGUCAAUUGUACUUUAGGCAGUAGUGCUAGCAGUUUAAAUAACAAUUCAGGAUGUCCGGACGAUGAGAUUUCAUCAUCGCCGAAAGCCACGUGUACAUCUGUUCCGGCGCUUGGACCAAACGGGUGAAAAUGCAUUAGGCAAUACGCUAAAGUGUUCAAUGCUUCUCAGCGGUAUCAAGGUACAACAGGUAGGAGUACAUGAAUUCUCCUAUUUCCUCCUUCCUUAUGGCACGCCAUCGAUCACGCUCCGAAUCAAUGCGCGAGAAAAAAAAAAUAGCGAUGUCUAGCCCCGAGAAAGCGAAAGCAAUGCAAAAUUGCAACAAUCUCGCGAAACAGGAGUAUUGUCUGGCACAUGAUCGAUGUAAAUAAUAUUGUUUUGAAAGAAAUUGUAGCGUUAAUUAUCGUCACGUUGUAAAUACGAGCAAGAAACAUUUAUCGCGCGGAGAACAAAGCUCGUCUGCAUAAGCGCCUCAGUGAAAGCAACUCGAUUCUAAAAUUUAUUGCAUUCUUUGCAUGAUGCACUUGUAACAUUGUAAUGCAGUGAUCGCGUAGACGAUACUUGAAAUGUUUA